UCAGGAAAGUCGUUGGCGAGAAAACAAGAAGGCGGUUGGUAGUCUAGCGAUCUGUGUGUUACAAGGAAGAUUCGUGGCUAAAUCAACGGCUGCUUGUCUUGUGACCUGUGCUGAAGUUGAGCGACAGAGAUGGAGGAGACCGGGGGAGUUGGUGGCGCUAGUGCGUACGGAGCUUCGCUCGCAGGCGGUGGCUUCGACUUUCACAAGUUUGCUAAACAACCGCACACUAUCGUGCGCUUCUUGAGUUGGAUUUUUUCCAUCGUGGUCUUCUCCUGCAUCACGGCGGAGGGAUUUGUCAACAAAUCGCACAGCCCCGACGCGCAUUGCGUCUUCAACCAGAAUGACUCGGCAUGUCACUACGCUGUGGGCAUCGGUGUCAUAGCCUUCCUGGCCUGUUUUUUCUUCCUCCUAUUGGACGCCUACAUGCCGCUGAUGAGCAACGCGAAGGAGAGGAAGUACGCUGUCAUGGCCGACCUGGGAUUCUCAGUUGUGUGGACGUUCCUGUGGUUCGUGUGUUUCUGCCUCCUGACUAGCCAAUGGAGUCGCACGCUUGAUGUCAAAGGAAUCCCCCAGGACGCCGCCCGCUCCGCCAUUGCCUUCUCUUUCUUCUCUAUCGCCACCUGGGGAAUCCUAACCUACUUCGCUUUGGGGAGAUAUCGCCGUGGUGUUGCCGAUGUCACCCAGAGCAUCUAUGCCGAGUCUCCGCCGGAGCAGCACACCCCUUACCCUCCGACCUACGCCCCCUCGGCCUACACCCCCACCACCUACUCCCCGUACCCUUCCAGCGCGCCAGACGACUUCCAACAACCCCCCUUCACCCCCAGCACCAUCACCACCACCACCCAACCCCAGGGGGAAUACCAACCCCCCAACUACUGAGGGUCUUCGCGGUGAAGUUUCCCCUAGGUACAGAUCUAGGAUCAGCUUCACUUCCCCCAUUCCUAACCUUAACCAUUAGUGGGGGAAAUGCAAAACUGACCCAAGAUCAGUGUCUAGGCCAAGGGGCAAUUUCACCAUACUAUUACUGGGAUAGAAUUAUGGAGAAAGGAAGUGGAAGCUCCUUAUCACCAGACCUGGGUUCAAAUAGUAUUUGAAAUAUUUAUUUUGCUUUUGUCUGUCUGGAGUGCAAGGUGGGUGGGGUCUGUCUGGAGUGCAAGGUGGGUGGGGUCUGUCUGGAGUGCAAGGUGGGUGGGGUCUGUCAACCUUUAUAUUGGUUUAAUUUGUAACAGGGAAAGUGGAUGAAAGCACACAGACCGAUAAAGUAUUUUAAAUGGUUUUAAAUAGUGUUUGAACACAGGUCUGCGUACUACUAAUUCAGUGGAUGAUGUGGUUAAAAGGAGACUUCUACCCUGAGACGGGCGCAGCUGAGGGGGAGGGGCAAAAGUCAGGUCCUGGUCACGUGACACUGGAGCUCACAUGAUUUGGGAUAUGCGAAAAACAGCCAAUGAGAGCUCUCGUGGGAGGGGCAAGUGCUUGCUUUAGCUAAUCAGUGUGCUUGUCUCCCCCCUCUCUGUUCAGAACUCUAGUCCCCUGCUUCUGUGCUCCAGAAGGAAGGAGAAUGUGUCUGUCAGAGGAGGCUGGUGGGGGAAGAUAUAGGAGGACCUGCUCAUUGUAAUGGCUGGGAUGGAACAAAUGGAACGGUAUCAAAUAUGGAAACCACGUUUGACUCGGUUCCAUUUAUUUCAUUCCAGCCAUUAGUGAGCCGAUCCUCCUAUAUCUUCCUCCCACCAGCCUCCUCUGGUGUCUGUACAUACUAGAUAUUCAUAGUUGAAACGCCAAUUCUUUGAAUGGCUGUAGUGUCUUUUUUUAAAAACAUUUUAUCUUUUUGUUUUCAAUUUAGCACAAUUAUCUUGAUGACAUGCAAGCACAACGUUUUAUUCAAUGUCAAAGAAGAAUGUUUAUUUCAUUGACCAGUGUAUCGUGAGACUACUGAAUUCUACAGGAUAAGCCAAAUGCCCAAGAAAGCCUUACUAUUAAUGUCCUAUGUAAACUGCUGGGUUUUUGUCCCACUUCAGGAGCCGUAGGCAGACUUUGACUGUGUCCCAAAUGGCACCCAAUUCCCUUUAUAGUGCACUACUUUUGACCAGGACCCAUAAGGCUCUGGUUAAAAGUAGUGCACUAUAUAUAGGGGAUAGGGUGUCAUUUAGGAUUCAGUCUACAAGUCCUUUCUCAUAACUCUUAAACCCUGUCUAUCUGAUAACAGUCAAGGUAAAGCCAUAAAAAACACAUUAAACCGCUCAUUAAACCACACGUUAAAUUAAACCGCCCGUUGAAAACACCAGGCUUGUUUGCUCAACUGAUCUGUGUAAUAUGCAUGUUCCUAUCUAGUCAUUUAUGUACUGAUUGAGUUUUCAGUCAUAUUUUUAUGUCUACUGUCCACAAAAACUAUAGCAACUGGAUAGGUUGAAACCAGGCUUGUAAACCAGGAGAUAAAUUAGAGUACCAAUUGUCCACCCUUCUCCCAAAGCGUGCACUGCACUGGCCUACUUUCCCCCCCUAUGGCUUUGACAAUGGAAUCUCCCUCCAGCCUCACAGCCAAUCCUGACACCAGUGCUGUGCUUUUAGAACCAUGUGCACUGGAAAAGGGGGGAGAAUCAGAACAGAAGUCUUCCACUGCCGCUAGAUAAAGCCAUCUAUGGUUUGUAUUACUUAGUGGGUUUCCUAUCAGUCGUUCUGAGUCUCAGACCACUCCCUGCUUUGUACUACUAAAGGGAAAAGUCAUUCAUGAAUAAAUCCUCUUACUGCCACGACUGACUUCAGGAACCUCAGUGUAGCAGCUGGGUCAUGUUCAUUAGGCACCAAAUGGAAGAAAAACCGGCUACAUAUGAACAUUAACAAACACACAAUUACCGAACUUCAGAAGCUGUUUUGAAUACAUUUUCUUGGUCCUAGAGUCAUUAAAUGUUUAGAGUACAUUGAGGGGAGUUACUGCUUCAGGAUGACUGAAAACUGCAGAUGUAGAAUCCAUUAAAGGAUAAGACUGAAAACAGCAGACGUAGAAUCCUUUAAAGGAUAAGACAAACAGCAGAUGUAGAAUCCAUUAAAGGAUAAGACUGAAAACAGCAGACACAGAAUCCAUUAAAGGAUAAGACUGAAAACGUAGAAUCCAUUAAAGGAUAAGACUGAAAACGUAGAAUCCUUUAAAGGAUAAGACUGAAAGCGUAGAAUCCUUUAAAGGAUAAGACUGAAAACAGCAGACGUAGAAUCCAUUAAAGGAUAAGACUGAAAACAGCAGACGUAGAAUCCAUUAAAGGAUAAGACUGAAAACAGCAAACGUAGAAUCCAUUAAAG